AUGAAGGAGAUCAUCAGGAAGCAGAAGGCCAGCGGCAGCUGGGAAUGGAGCGACGCGGCCGCGCUCGUGGGCGUCACCGCCGACAAGCUGCGCAAGGCCAUCCCCGCCGACAAGCUUCAGACCGUGGACGCGGAGGUGGAGCAGAUCUGGGCGACUGCGGUGGUGGCGGCGUUCCUGUCCACCAAGUUCCCCGACCAGAAGAACAACUGGGACCUGGUGGUGAAGAAGGCGCGCAAGUUCGUCGCCCGCGCGCACAAGAAGAUCGUCAAGCUCAAGGACCCCUCGGCCGAAGUCGACUGGUUCCAGCUGGCCACCGCUUUCCUCGUUAUCGGACCAGAGGUGAUGUCGGGCGUGGAAGGGGGGGCUUCCGGUGCGGAGGCGGUGGUCAGGGAGACAAUGAUGCAGAAGAAGACGGGGGUGGUGGUAUGCGUGCAGCCGUGGUUGGAGGAUAGCCACUAUGCCUCGGCAGCCACUUUCAAGCAGGCGCUGGCAGCCCUUCUCGCCCAGGUGGAACGACGCAGCGAGAGCACAACUGCCGAGGCCGACGAUGAGGAUGCGUGCCCGAUGCUGGUCGUGUUCCCUGAGAUGGUCGUGGGCACCUGGCUCGUCGCCAUGGAUGAACUGCCAGCAGACUUCGAAGGUGACUCGUCGGCAGCCAUGGCGGUCGUGGUGCGCCGUCAUCUGUGGAGCUUCGUGGCGCACCUCCUGCGCUCGUUUGUGCACGACCACUUCCGGUUUGGUCUGAUGGCCCAUGUGAAGCGUUCCCUGUUCAGAUUGAAAGCUCACGCAAUGUUCAACACGUAUCGGGAGGUGUUCAGCGAGCUGGCUCAGGAGCACGAGGCGUGGAUUGUGGCGGGCUCGAUCCUGCUACCACGGGUCAAGUACUACACGCAGGUGUCGGAAGGGUUGUCAGCCGCUGCCACGGACGAUUCCUACGAGAUGAGGAGACUGGAAACGAGGCUUUCCUCCCAGGGGCUCUACAACGUGUCGCUUUCAUUCGCUCCCGAUGGGAGCGUGUGCAACGUCACCCACAAGUGCCAUCUCGACUCCAACGUCGGCGUAGCCAUCUGCGCCGAUAGUUGGUACCCCAAGACCUACGAGCGAUUGCGGGAGAUGGGCGCCGACAUCGUUUGCGUCCCCGCAUUCGUCACGCCGAACAGCACGUGGGACGCACCAUGGGGCGGCUACAGCGGACGUUCACGCCACUUCCCAGCCGACGUCAACGCGUCUCACAUCGGCAACUACAAGGGUCGUCUUCACGCCUCAGGCGCGAGACUAGGAGUGUGCUCUUACCUGGUGGGCAAGCUGUGGGAGAUGACCGGCAGUGGCGAGUCUGCCAUUGUGUCAGGCGAUGGCCGUGUUCUGGCCAAGUCUGCCAAGGGCACGGAAAGCGUCCUCUCGUACGAAGUGGGCCUGCUUUGA